AUGCUGUCUUCCUCGAAGGCGUUGCUCCUGCUGAUAGUCCUUCAGCUGCUGUGCGGCCUGCCGCAGCGCGCUGCCGGUCAAAUUGACGUGCAUGUCGCCAACCUCACCGUUAUGGCUGUCGGCUGGCCGGAGACGCUCGAGGAGCUGCAGCCGUUCGCGGCGGCCGUCACGUCUGCCGUGUGCGGACCGCUGCAAGUCGUUGACACAUUGAGCCCGUGCGCCGGCUUCCUCGUACCCGCAGUGUCGGGAAGUUUGUCGCUGCAGGUGAUGGUGCAGGCGGCAUCGCUUGCGGCGUCUGCCCUCACGAGCGAUGCCUUUCUUAAUUGGGUGGAGGGCGACGCCUACGAGAUGCUCCGUGAUGUCACGUCCGCCGUUUCUGCAGCUGCAGGCAGGCCCCUCACGCCGCUGUCGAGGAUAGGGACCGGUUUCUACACGGCUCCGUGCCGCGGCGCGGGAAGCGGUAUGGUGNUGCCGUUCUGUUCGGUCACGCGCAACUGCCUGACGUCCAUUGUCGUCACCGAUAUGAGUGGGAGCGUCGCGGACUCGUUCUGCAAUUUAGUUCCUUCGCCUUGUGAACGCUACAUUGCGUCGGAGACGAUCUCGCAGCAGCAUACGAUGGUCAACAUAUCUGAUCUCAAAAGGACACUAGAAGUGGCCCUCGCGUUCACAGACAGAGUGCGUAGAGGCAUCACGCAGGCCAAACGAGUGCAACUCUAUUCGAAUGGCCGCAUGGCGCAGCUGUAUGCUGAGAAGGAAAACAUGAUGUACGACACGCCCAUCAAUAUGGUUCCACGUUGCGACAGUCUCACAGGGAUGUGGCUGCUCAGUCUGAUCGCAAUUUUUCCUAUUCUGCUCAUUCUCGCCCGCUACGUGUGGUACCAGGCUCGCCACCAAACUAGAAAAAUGGAGCGGCAGGCCAUCAUUGAGGACGAGCUGCGGUCGCAGCGCCUAGCGGCGUCGCAGCCUGGAGUAGAUGACCCAUAUGGCGGACAUUAUUAUGCAGGUAACGGAACCGAAUAUGCACAGGAUUACGCCACUGAGCAGCAGCAAUACGAAGGGUAUGACCAAGGAGAUGGUACGAAUGCCUAUGAAUACGAGCAGGAGUACCCUGCCGAAGAGGAGGCACAACAACAGCACCAAGCAUAUGAUGGGUACUAUCAGACAGUGUACGAUGAGGGAGAGAAUGCAACAGCUGCGGACGAGUACCUCGAGCCUGAAUUCACUGCUGGCGACAAUGGUGAAGAAGGGGCAUAUGCCGAGGAGAACGGAGAGGGGGUGGUACAGGCUACCGAUGACAAUCUUCGGGGUACCAAGGCUUCUUCAUCGUAG